AGUAAACAGCUCGCCGUGUCAAUCCCCGCAACCAAACGCCAGAUUCAUUUCACGAAACGCUGCGCGAUCUCGAAUUCGAUCGCCGCCGCCUCCUCCUCCUCCUCCUUGAAUCGCUGCUCGGAUCUUGCGUCUGCGGCGAGUGGCCGGAAUGACGUCUCAGGCGAACCUUGACAAGAUGCAGCUCCGGCAGAGCUACAGGAACCUCUGGCACACCGACCUCAUGGGCACCAUCCAGGCUGACUUCCCCUUUUGCUGUAUGGCAGUUUGGUGUGGACCAUGUGUCUCAUACAUGCUUCGCAAGCGAGCUCUUUACAAUGAUAUGUCAAGGUACACGUGUUGUGCGGGAUAUCUACCAUGCAGUGGAAGAUGUGGAGAAAGUCGAUGCCCAGAGUUCUGCCUUUGCACGGAGGUUUUCUUGUGCUUUGGCAAUUCUGUUGCCUCAACUCGCUUCUUGCUCCAAGAUGAGUUCAACAUACAGACUACCAAAUGUGAUAAUUGCAUUAUUGGAUUCAUGUUUUGUCUACAACAAGUUGCUUGCAUCUUUUCCAUUGUCGCAAUGAUUGUCGGAAGUGAGGAGCUCCAAGAGGCUUCCCAGAUCCUGAAUUGUUUGGCUGACCUCGUAUACUGCUCAGUCUGCGCAUGCAUGCAGACACAACAUAAGAUUGAGUUGGAUAAGAGAGAUGGCAAGUUUGGACCAGCACCAGUGAUGGCUGUGCCUCCAGUCCAGCAAAUGUCGCGCAUUGAUCAGCCUAUCCCACCACCGGCAGGAUACGCCCCUCAACCAGUUUACGGGCAACCUUAUGGUUAUCCUCCACCCGCUGGUUCAUAUCCUCCUCCUCCUGGUUCAUAUCCUCCUGCUGGCUCAUAUCCACCACCUGGCUCAUACCCUCCACCUGGCUCCUACCCUCCACCUGGAUAUCCUCCUGCUGGCUACUAUCCCAAGUAGAAGGCAUGAAUUGUGUGAAGCACUUUAUGGAGAUAAAAAUGAACAUAAUCAUAGAUUAUUCUGCGUUCGAGAUUAUUCUACGUUUUGAAUUUCAGCAACAUUUGUAGUUGUGAUCUUUGAUGUUCAGAUUGUCAAGUGGUUUAUAAACUGUCACUUUGUCUUC